AUGUCGACUCAACAAGCUCACCCUACUUUGCUCAUUCCGGGCCCAAUUGAGUUUGACGAUGCUGUCUUGCAGUCUAUGAGCCAUUAUAGUGAAAGUCACGUCAGCGCUCCAUUCGUAGCAGUUUUCGGCGAAACUCUCUCUAUGCUGCGCAAGCUCUUCCAAUCUACCGAUCCCACUUCCCAACCCCUCGUCAUUUCUGGUUCCGGUACUCUUGGAUGGGAUCUUGUGGCUGCAAAUUUGGCAGAACCAGGUGAUGAGGUAUUGGUCCUCCAUACUGGCUAUUUUGCAGAUUCGUUCGCGGAUUGUUUUGAAACUUAUGGAGUCAAACCCACACAAUUGAAGGCGAAGAUUGGGGAAAGACCUCAAUUGGACGAGAUUGAAAAGGCAUUGAAGGAGAAGAAAUAUAAGUUGAUCACGGUCACUCAUGUGGAUACUUCGACGGGAGUUUUGAGUGAGUUGAAGAAAUUGAGUGAGCUUGUUCAUCGCGUUUCUCCUGAGACAUUGGUUGUGGUAGAUGGUGUUUGUAGUGUGGGAUGUGAGGAGAUUGAAUUUGAUAGCUGGGGUUUGGAUGCUGUCAUCACGGCGAGUCAGAAGGCGAUUGGUUGUCCAGCUGGUCUUUCAAUUUCGUACUAUAGUGGUAGAGCGAUUGAGACAUUCAAGGCAAGGAAGACUCCUCCAGGAUCGUAUUUUGCUUCAUUCAAGAAUUGGUUGCCAAUAAUGCAAAACUACGAAGCUAAAAAGCCAUCCUACUUCGCCACUCCAUCUCCUCAACUAGUCCACGCUUUACACACCUCUCUCACCCAAAUUCUCUCUAUUCCUCUCUCUGAACGUUUCGCUAAACACAAAGCUACAUCACAAAAGAUCAAAAAGGCAGUCGCAGAUCUAGGGCUCAAACAAUUGGCACCUAAUCCUGCCGAUCAGGCAAAUGGUAUGACUGCUAUUUAUCUUCCUGAAGGCGUCAAAGCCGCAGAGUUAUUGCCAAAUUUGGUGAAGAAGGGAGUUAUUUUUGCAGGUGGCUUGCAUAAAGAGAUUGCGACAAAGUAUGUUAGGGUGGGACACAUGGGAGUUAGUGUUAUGGAUGAGGGCAGAGGGGAUGUAGAGAAGGCUAUUGAGGCACUUGAUACUGGAUUGAAGGAGGCAGGGUAUGAAAAGGCUUAG